AUGAGUACUAACAAUAAUGGCAAAGACGACGCCGCCGAACGAGAAGACCCCGAAGUGGAUGACGAGCUCAGUGAUGCCAGUGAUGAUGAAGACGAUUCUAGCUACACAUACACGUAUACGAGCGGUGAAUACAGUAAAUCGGAUAAGAAAGCUGAGCCAAAAUCCAAAAACAUGAUGGAUGGUCUCAUGUCCAGUUUUAAAGAGAUACUCCCGAUGAUUUUGAUAUGUUGCCUACUUCGAAAAGUAAUGCAACGUAACUAUUUGAGCCGUUUCCUCUCCUGCUUAUUUGGUUCUGCACAGCAAGCGCCGCAAGAGAAUUCAAAUGGUUGUUGCAACUGCUGCAUUGUACCCUGUUGCAUGGAACAGUGCAACUGA